AUGGAUCUUGAUGAAACAUCGCUUUCAUCAUCUGAUUCCACUCUGAAAAGUGGUUCUAAUUCAUCUCAGAAAGCUAUAAAAGCUCAACCCAAAACCUUUAGUUUCCCCUCUGACCGUGUCAGCUUUAAUCCAACGUGCCCUUCCGAUAUGUCUCAUUGGGUCCAAGAUGAUCUUACCGUCAUGGCGAUAUUCAUCCGAAACUCUCACCAAAUGCCAAGCAGUAUCGGAGUUCUUGUCCAGGCGGUUCUCUUCAUUCUCAGCUUCAUUUUCACACUUAUUGGGGUGUCAAUGGCAAUGAGAUUCACAAUAUUCCACAAAAACCAGCGGAACAUUUUUAUUUCUCUACUUCUUCUUUGGUUUGAGCUUCUUAUGUGUCGGAUUCUGUUAUGGGCAUUCAAGUAUAAUUUGGCAAUUGAGAUAAGAGAUGCCAUCGAUUGUAACGACGCGUGUCAUCAUUUCGGGAAGUGCAGUAUCCCUGAAAACUUGUUUGAUCCUAUUUUCAUUGCUGGAAUUAUGAGAUAUCACUAUAUGUAUUUUGUCAUAACAACGCCUGUAGGGAUUCUGACGGAAAGGAUUUUCGCAACGAUGCUAGUCAAAGACUACGAGAAGAAGAGUCGUCACUGGAUUUUCAUUCUGAUCUUUGUCACUCAAAACGUGUUUGCGUGCACAAUGUCCGUGGUGACAACAACAAAAGGAAUCACAUUUCAAGUCCUGAUUUCGGCUGUCAUCGUUUCAUUAUUCGCGUCGGCAGUGAUCUACUCCUUGGUUGAAUACUUCAACCAGCAACGUCUAAUGGUACUCGAAAGAGAGCAUCGGACUACAAACUACACUUUGAGCAUUCGGUAUCAAUUGAAAGAGAAUUUGAAAACUUUGAAGCUAAUGCGUCGCUUUUUCAUCUCAAUCAUCGCUAUCAUCAUCGCAAUGGGUUUGGCGAAUUCUCUGCCAGUUAUCUUGAAUCUUGAUGAAGAUAUCAUUAUGACUAUUCGAGUUUAUAUGGAUUAUAUAUUCCAUUCAAACCCAGUUUUCCUCGUGCCCACUGCGAUUUUCACUAUCGAAAACUACCGGAAAUACACUGUCAACAAAGCCAAAACCACCUUCGGAAUGCGAGUUGAGAGUCAGAAGGUUGACAUUCGCAAGCUCCGCCCACAAAUCGAUAGAGAAACCGACGUCUACUUUGAGAUUUUCGAGAGACAACUGGAAGGAGAUGGAGCUUGUCGUGGAAAAAUGAGAACUGGAUCGUUGAGAAAACCGAAGAUUAAUGCUAAAUAUUGA